AUGUUGCAAUAUGAACACUUUUUGGUAAUUGAUGAAUAUAUUGGUGAAGAAGAAAAGGCAAGCAAGAAGAAGCAAAGGCUGAAGAAUUCUGGAAAAAUUCCAAAGAUGGCUUCACAACGACAAGGAAAAGGUUUCGCCACGGCACGAUUGAAGAUUGAAGUUGUCCAGAAGUUUGCUGCCAUGGCAAGGAAAACGACGCGCGAUGACAAAUGUCCAGAAAAACGUUUGUACAUCGUGAUGACUCUUAGCUUCCCUAAAAUGUUUAAGGCUCUGCUUCGAGUUCUAAACUGCAUUAGAAAAAUGUGUGUAUCACCGAACAAAAUGGGGAUUCACUAUUUGCAUCAUAUUGUGAACUUACAAAUUUGUUUCUAUUAUUAUGUUCCAAAUUACAUUCUUGUGGCUGGAUCUGAGGCCACAAAUGCUUCCCACAUACCUGCUUGUCCGGUGAUAGUGUUCCUUAACUCCAGACGUGGUGGUCAAUUGGGUGGGGAACUUCUUGUCAGUUAUCGUUCUCUUCUUAAUGAAAACCAGGUUUUUGAUUUGGGAGAAAAGGCCCCUGAUAAAGUGCUACAUGAACGUUAUGCCAAUUUAGAAAAGUUAAGGCAUGCUGGAGACGUUUUGGCUGCUGAAAUUCUGAAGAAAUUGAGAAUAAUUGCUGCCGGGGGAGAUGGCACAGCUGGCUGGCUUCUUGGAGUUGUUUCUGAUCUUAAACUAUCUCAUCCACCUCCAAUUGCUACAGUGCCAUUAGGAACAGGAAACAACCUCCCGUUCGCAUUUGGUUGGGGAAAGAAAAAUCCAAGCACAGACCGUCAGUCUGUGCUGUCAUUCAUGGGACAAGUAAAGAAUGCAAAAGAAAUGAAAAUCGACAGCUGGCAUAUUCUAAUGAGAACGAGGAUUCCUAAACAAGGACCUUGUGAUCCCAUUGCACCUCUUGAAUUACCCCAUUCUUUGCAUGCAUUUGAUCGCGUCUCCGAAAAAGAUACUCAGAAUGUGGAGGGUUGCCACACAUUUCGUGGGGGAUUUUGGAACUACUUCAGCAUGGGAAUGGAUGCUCAAGUGUCAUAUGCAUUUCAUUCUGAGAAGAAAUUACACCCAGAAAAAUUCCAAAACCAGUUAGUUAAUCAGAGCACUUAUUUGAAGCUUGCUGGUACUCAAGGAUCUUUUGCUUCUCUUUCGCAGCCUUCUUCACAAUCACGGAACAUAGCACAGCUAGCAAAAGUUAAAAUCAUGAAAAAGCAAGGCGUAUGGGAGGGCCAUGACAUACCUCGCAGCAUUAGGUCUAUUGUUUGCCUAAACUUGCCCAGUUUUUCUAGUGGACUUGAUCCUUAGGGAAAAUUAUUAAGGAAGAAAAUACGGGAGAGCGGCUUGACUCCUCCAUAUGUAGAUGAUGGCCUUAUUGAGAUUGUCGGUUUUAGAGAUGCUUGGCAUGGACUUGUUUUGCUUGCUCCAAAUGGACAUGGGACUCGUCUUGCUCAGGCAAACAGAAUCUUUCUUGACUUUCAAAAGGGUGUUACUGACCAUACAUUCAUGAGAAUAGAUGGUGAGCCAUGAAAACAACCUCUCCUAGAGGAUGAUGACACUGUAGUUGUGGAAAUUUCUCACCUAGGCCACGUGAGCAUGCUUGCCAUCCCAAGUUGCCGGUCCAGAAGCAUAAAUGACCUCUCACUUACCAGUUUCCUAGAUGAAGAAACCGAUAGUGUUGAAGAUAAAUAUGAUGAAGAUAGGGAAGAACAGAGGAAGUUUGGUGCUGCUGACACAUUUAAAAUUCCAGACGAGGUUGAUAUAGCUCAUCUCAGUUGAAUGUUCACUAACAAAAUAUGCAGAAAGGACUAAGAUUUAUUUUCUGUCAUUCUGAACAGAGUUGAAUGUCUAUGUUGCAUUGAUGAUACUGAUACUCAGGAUUCAAAAAUGUGAAGUAUGAUUCCUUAAAG